GCAACAAUGCAUCGCCUCUUGGUCACACACCAAGUGGCACCCCAGCUAGGACCCCGAAAAAUCUCGGCACCCAGCACUGCGCUCACCGGCGUUCAAGGCGUUCCCAACGCCAAAAGACUCUCGACCUACCACCCAAAAACUUGCCAGGCUAAGUACAGUAGUCCAUACUGACGAAUAUAGCACAAAUGGCAACGGGGAAGACGCGUUCAACGUCUGUGGGACCCGGCAAUUCAAACAUCCGCGUCCCCACUCCCACCAAUAGAACCAGAACAUCCUACCGCAACACUAUCUCCCUACUGUUGCCAAGAGAUGAAAUUAUACAGCAAGAAUACGAUGUUAAAGACAAGGAAAGCAGUAUUGCCUUCCUAGAGAAGUCUCCAUUCCGUCAACCGGGCACCCCCAUUUCUAACGAAAGUCUGUUACUCACGAUUCUGUAUAUCACCCAAUACACAGGAAUCCCCCGGAUCGUAGUCGAAGGCCUUCGCGCCACAGUCCUACUACUGGAAGACAAUCUUAACAGUAACGCCAAUGCGGCAACCCCCAACAUUCAGCAAAUCACGGAGUCUAUCUCAGCCUCGCUCUCGACUCAAGUGGCCGCAGACCUAUCAUCUUCACUAUCCGCCCAUGUUAUUGCGGCCAUCUCUCCACAUGUAGCCUCCAUUCUCACCGCCUCAGAAACCCUCAAAACAAACGUUGACGAAAUCGCGAAAUUGAAGGACAUUAUAACAGAAAAUUCAAAGGAAGACAACGGAACUGCAUCUGCAGCAGCUACUAGAGCUGAAAAGGCGGCCGACGCGGUCCUGAAUAGUAUUGCUGAUGUCAAGAACGUUGUGGAAUCUCUAAACGCUCCCCUUAGCACGACAAAACCAGGAACCUCAAAAUCAUACAGCGAAAUAGUUCAACAACACACUCAGACCCCGGCACCUGUAUCGGCAGCGGUGGCACGCGCGGCUACACGAGAUCGCCAGAUCUUAAUAGACCCUGUUCCGGGCCAGACACUCUUCGCCCCCGAAGCGACCUCGUCCAUCAUAGCGAGUAAACUAAAACAAGCGUUCUCAGCAUCCCAAUCAGAUGACACACCGGAAAUCAACAUUAAAGCAACCACCCGUCUCAGAAGCGGGGGAAUAAUAGUUGAACUAACUUCUAUUGCAGCUGCCAAAUGGAUUAGACGCCCUGAAAACCGCCUUAGCAUUACUAACUGCUCUAGACAACACCGUCAUCAUCAAAGAUAGGCGUUUUUCCAUCAUUGUUCCCUUCUUACCUAUUAUUUCCAGAAUCGAAGAUCCCAAUUGGCUACGCACGGUAGAAGAGGAAAAUGAAAUGCUUCCGGGCGCUAUAGAAUCGACUAAUUGG